AUGGGAGAUUUCUACUGGUACAGCCUUGCUCUCAUCAUCUUCAAUUUUCGUCUAACGAAGCUCUUCAAAACUGAUAAACCAGCAAAAUACAAGAACCUGCCACCAAGCCCACCUUCAAUCCCCAUUAUUGGUCAUCUCCAUCUUGUAAAAGAACCCGUCCACCGAACAUUACAAGCUCUUUCCAACAAGUACGGCCAAAUACUUCUCCUCCGCUGUGGAUCCCGUACAAUUCUCUUAGUCUCCUCCCCUUCAGCCGCCGAUGAAUGCUUCACCAAGAACGACGUCGUCUUUGCGAAUCGGCCACGAACGCAGGUGGGAAAGCUCCUCCACUACAACUACUCCACGGAGGCAGUAGCCCCUUAUGGCGAUCUAUGGCGGAACCACCGCCGCAUCAUGACCUUAGAGAUUUUCUCAUCUUCUCGUCUUGCUAUGUUUUCCAGUGUUAGAGAAGGAGAGAUCCGGUUGUUACUCGAUCAAAUCGUGCAGAGUUGCAAUCAAGGUGAGAGAAAGAUUGAGCUGAAAUCCAAAUUUAUUGAGCUCUCCUUCAAUGUGAUGAUGAUGAUUGCUGGAAAGCGGUAUUUUGGAGAAGAUGCUGGGGAUGCUAAGGAGGCUAAGAAAAUCCGGGCCGUCAUGAGGGAAACCGUUGACCUCUCUGGAGCAGCAAAUACGGGAGACUUUCUGCCAAUCCUGCAGUGGGUUGAUUUUUUUUGGAAUGAAGAAGAAGUUUAUGGAGUUAUCAAGAAAGAUGGAUAA